UAUUUCACUUCCUCUUUCCAAUCUGAAAUACCUUACUCGUUCACAUAUUCUUUCUUCAUUCUCUCUACAAUUCACUUUCUGAGAUCUCGCGAACUUUUGAAUUUGUAACAAAUAGUGAUUUUAAGAUUCUUUAUUGUUGCACUUGAGUCGUUGGGAAAAGUAACCAUUGUAAUUUUAUUAGCAAAUUAUGAUGAGAGAUAGGAAAUCCGUCAAAUUCAAUCUCGAACCGCAACAGCAUCAGAACGGCCAUUUGUCUCCGUAUGAAGUAGCGAAAUUAUUCGAUCCUGAUGUUUCUUGGGACAAGGAUCAAUUAGGCGAUAUACUACAUUGGAUUAGGCAAGCAUUAGCCCUUGUAUGUGGAUUACUAUGGGGUACCAUUCCUUUAGUUGGGGGUAUCUGGUUUCUCCUAUUUUUAUUGUUCUCCUCUGGGAUUAUCUAUGCUUAUUAUGCACUUGUACUGAAAAUCGAAGAAGAAGAUUUUGGUGGUCAUGGAGCGUUGCUCCAAGAGGGCCUCUUUGCUUCGACAUCACUCUUUCUGCUUGCAUGGAUUCUAGCAUAUAGUUUGGGACACUUUUGAUUCACUAUGUCAACUCGGAGCCUCUUUUUUCUCUCUUCAGCAGAAUGACAACUGAUAUUGUUUAGCUUAGAAAUACGAGGAAAAAUUUCUGGGAAUUUCAAUCUUGACUUUCAAUACAUUUGUGGAUCUUUAAUCGAGUGUGCAAUGUGCUAUGCAUAAGCAAGAAUUGCCUAACCUUAAAUUUUAUUUUUCGGGGUUUUAAUUUUACUCACCCCACCCCCACCCCCACCCCCCUUUCCUGGGACCCAAUUCCUCUUUCUAUGGAAGAAAAAUACCAUCUAAUUGUCAUUUUUUUGUUUGAAUUUGUUGUAUGUCAAGCAUACAUGGAUUUGGAUA